AUUGUUACUACCAUUUUAUAAUACAAUAAGUAACUACCCAAAAGCAAACGAAAUGUCUUCCGCAACAAGGAUAUUAGUAAUUUACACGGGAGGCACUUUUGGAAUGCUGAAGAAUGAAAAGGGAGUCCUCGUCCCACAGAGCAACAUAGUGAAAGAGAUAAAGAAGAAGGCUCAGCUGUACGACCACGAGUACUGGAGCCGCCACCUCGAGGGCACCGACCUGCAGGAAUACCUUCCUGUACCAGUUGGAAAGGACACGGAACAGAAAAUAUUGUACAAAAUUCUCGAAUACGACGAACUGAAGGACUCUUCGGACUUCACUAUCGAUGAUUGGCUUAAAAUUGCAAGGGACCUCAAGAGACACUACCACGACUACGACGGGUUCGUGGUGCUGCACGGCACGGACACGAUGGCGUACGGUGCCUCGCUGCUCUCCUUCAUGAUGGAGAGCAUAGGCAAGACCGUCGUGCUCACCGGCGCUCAGGUGCCAGUGUUCCAGCCGAGAAGCGACGGCACCAACAACCUGCUGUGCGCGCUGCUGGUGGCCGCCACGCAGCAUAUCCCCGAGGUCACCGUGUUCUUCGGAGCUCACCUCUUCAGAGGCACCAGAGUAAAGAAGAUCUCCAACACCCGCAUCUACGCGUUCGAGUCCCCCAACUUCCCCCCUCUCUUGGAGGCGAAGACGACCCUGGACGUGGACCCUCGCAUGCUCAUCCACCGGCCAGGGUCUGUGCCCGACGAGUGCCGCCUGCAUGACCAGCUCAGCACCAAGGUUUACGUGCUGAAGGUAGCUCCGACUAUUACGCCCAAGAUUAUACGGGCCGUGUUUGAUGGGAUGGAAGGUGUCGUCCUAGAAACGUAUGGAAACGGAAAUAUUCCGAUCAAGCGGAAAGAGAUCUACAAGGAAAUCGAAAAGGCAGUGAAGUCUAAAGUCCUAGUCGUCAAUGUCACCCAGUGCGUGAAAGGAACUGUGUCGGGGAAACCCCUGUAUGAGACUGGCUUGUUGCUGUUGGAAUGCGGUGUGGUCCCGGCGUAUGACAUGACGGCGGAGGCAGCCCUGGCCAAGCUGUCAUAUGUGCUCACCAAAACACAUCUCAGUUAUGAGGAGAAAGUCGAGCUCAUGAAAACCAAUAUACGAGGUGAGCUGGAAAACCCAAAUCAUACAUCGAACUUAAUCUAGAUAAGCAAUCGUAAGUGGUAUAAGUAGAGUGUAAAUUUAUAGCAAUAAAAUAAAAUUAUUUAAAAGAA